AUGACCAUCUCAUCCUCUACUCUGUGUGUGUGUGUGUCUCAUGCUCUUCAGGUGCUUCCGCCAACCGAGUGGGGCAAGGGUCUGGUGCAGAAGAGGCAGGCGGAGAGGCAGGAGACAGUACACAGCCCUCUGUAUCAUGCUCAUCUCAUGCGCUAUGAUGUGCGUUUGUCUGUGUAUCAUGCUCUUACAAUCUGUGUUAUCCGUGCAGACUUUUUACGUGAGGUCAUCUCCAAGGUCUUCACCAAGGUCAUCACCAAGGUCAUCACCAAGGUCAUCACCAAGGUCAUCACCAAGGCCUACACGAACGACGAGGAGCGCGAUCGCAUGCUCAAGAACGCCGUGCGUUUUGGCGACCCCAUGGCGCAUCUCGUCAAGAUCAACAUAUCAGCGGACGCUCUCCUGGAAGACCUCAGCCGGGACCCAGCCAUGCAAGCGUCGGGUUUCACGGUGCCGCAGGCCAUCCCCCCCCACAGCUGGCUCAAGCGCCGCGUGUCGGCCCCUCACAACCGCUACGGCAUCCGCCCUGGCCGCCACUGGGAUGGUGUUGACCGCAGCAAUGGGUUUGAGCGGGAGAUGUUCAAGCAUAAGAACGAGAUGCAGGCGCGUGAGCAGGAGGCCUUCAUGUGGUCUGUUGCUGACAUGUAA